AAAAUUCUUAAAUGUAUUUGAUAUUUGUGUUGGUCUUAACAAAAAUAAUAGCACAUUAAGGAUGUUAACAUGAAUAGCAUAAUCAUAAAGAAGAAUAUAAAAUAAAUAACCUUAUAUAUGCAGUAGCAAUUUUAUAACCUGAUAAUGGAAGUGGAGUUAAUGGGAUUGUAAAAAUGAUAUCAGAUGGAUAUACUACAACAAUAUAGGCUAAGAUAACAGGACUUUCAGAUGGAUUACAUGGAUUUCACAUUCAUGAAUUUGGAAAUUUAAUAAAAGGAUGUAUAUCUGCAGGACCACAUUAUAAUCCUCAUGAAAAAUUACAUGGAGGUCCAAAUGAUUAAGAAAGACAUGUUGGUGAUUUAGGAAAUGUUUAUUCAGAAAAUGGAAUAGCUAAUUUUAAAAUAACAGAUAAUUUAGUUAAAUUAAAUGGUUAAUAUAGUGUAAUAGGAAGAUCUAUGGUAGUUCAUGCAAAUGAAGAUGAUCUUGGAAAAAGUGAUCAUCCUGAUAGUAAAAGUACUGGAAAUGCAGGUGCUCGAUUAGCUUGUGGUGUAAUUGGAAUUAGUGGUCCAUUUGAAUUGGAUUGA